GCAGGAGAUCGAUCGGCGCUCCUCAGCCAGAGUGCGGGUGGCGGGGUGCGGCGAGCGCCCGGCGGCGGCCGCCGAGCUGCGGCCGGUGCUGCCCCUCCGCGCUCCCGGCUCGGCGCCUCUUGCCCCACACGCCCCCCUCCCCCUCUCUCCCCCCUUCCCCCCACCCGCGCUGUCCCUCUGCCUCCAUGACCCGCAGUAGGAAGCAGGCGGCGCUGGAGAGAGGAGCCGGGAAGAUGAACCCGGAGGCGGAGAGCGCCGCGGCGAGAGCCGCGGAAGCCCGGGCGGCGACGACGGCAGGGGCAGUUGGCGGCGAAGCGGCGCCCGCUGCCUGGGGGCUGGAAGGGGAGGCGGAGAAAGUUGUGUACUCGCGCUCGCAGGUCUCUUUCGCCGGCACCAAGGCACUGGGCGACGCCAUCAAGCUCUUCAUGCCCAAGUCCACGGAGUUCAUGAGCUCCGACUCGGAGCUGUGGAACUUCCUCUGCAGCCUCAAGCACGAGUUCUCCCCGGUCAUCCUCCGCAGCAAGGACGUCUACGGAUACGCCUCCUGCCGCGCCGUCGUCCCCGACCCGCCGCCGCCCUCGGCAGAGCGGCCCCGCCGCCGCGCCGGCAAGCGGCGCUUCCCGGCCGCCGACGCCAAGCGCCGGGCCGCGGCGGCGGGCGGCAGCGCCAAGCGGCGGCGGCGGCGGCGGCGCCGCAGGAGGGCACGGGGCAGGCAGCGGCCCGCGGCACCGGCGGCCGCCGGCCUCCGCGGCGACGAGGAGGCGGCGGCGCUGGGGCCGCCCGGCGAGGAGGAAGCGGACAGUGACCAGGGCAGCCCGGCGGAGGGGGCGGCCUGGGAGCCCUUCGGCGGCAAGUCGUUGGAGGAGAUCUGGAAGGCUGCCACUCCCCGCCUCACCACCUUCCCGACCAUCCGUGUGCGGGGCAGCGUCUGGAGCCGGCGGAGCCUGGCGGCGGUGCGGCGGCGGGCGCAGCGGAUCCUCGGCGUGGACCUGUCUCCCGUGGUGCGGGUGCGGCGCCUCCCUGUGGCGCCGUCCUGAGGCCGCGGGGGGGGACCGCUAUCCCGCUUCCCCCCGGCGGGAGGGGGCCAGGCCGGCGCCUCACCUCCGCCGCGGUGCGGACAAAGAGACCAAUAUCAGUCACCUGUUUACAUUGCUUUUUGUCUGGAUCGUGUUCUGCUGCUGCACUUUAUGGCUCGCUCGGGCGGGGGCUGGGCCCCGCAACCGCACGGGGGGCGGCCGACCGACCGGCCGGGCGGACCGCCGCGCAGCCGGGGCCCGGCCUUGCUCCGGGCUGGGCUGUGGCGCACCCCGUCCCGCCCCCGCCGGGGCUCGGGGGAGUAGGGGGGGCGGGAGGGACCGCCUGGCAGGUAACACGCGUGAGGACCAAGUUCCACUUCCACUUUUUUUCUCUCCCAUUGGGCUACCUCACUGGUCCAGAAGUCCACCCGAGAAGUUAUUUUCCAAAGGAACUUACUUUCAUGCUUGUAUAAUAAAGCACCAUCUGAUUCUUGCUAUUUUUUUUUCUUCUCCCCUUUUCUGAUGGAUUAUGUAUGCUUUGUGGUGUUGCACUAGUAUGUGCUCAGGGUAUUUUGAAUCCCAAGCAUUCCCAAGUUUCAGUUUACUCUGAUCAAGGAUGCAUAAAGGAUGGAGGUUCAGGACUUGUGGCUGUUCUUGAUGGUGCAAAAAAACUUUGUUUUUAAAUUUCAUGGGCUUAGUGAUUAUAUAUAAAGAUGUAUUGCGCAGUAUAAUUGUUACACUUUUGUAUCUAAAGUCAUUUUUAAAGUUUUCUAGUCGACCUGAGUAUUUGUUUCUAUUGAGCCCCUAAAGAUAGAAUCAUCCUGAUAUUUUAUAAUGCUGUUGGCUUUAGGGAAGCUCAUUUGGUCAACUUAAGUGAAUUUAAUAAAAGUCGAAGAACAA